AUGGCCCUGAAUCCAAACGAAGACACAGAAUUCAACGACGCUCUCCGAAAGCACGGCAUCCUUCCUCCGAAACCCCCUACGCCUCGCACCCCGUCGCCGCCGCCCGCGCCGACGCUCGAAGAGUCCCUCGAGGGCCUCUCGCCGGAGGAUCUCCGCGCGCUCAGCGAGGAUGCUGUAGACGACGAAUCUGAGAGAAUUGUCGAGCGCUAUCGCAGGAAACGGCUAGCGGAGCUCAAGAAGAGGGAGAAAGCGCGUUUUGGCAGGGUGUAUCCCAUUGGAAGGGAGCAGUACACUGACGAAGUAACGGAAGCGAGCAAGGAGCAGGAGGAAGGCAAACCGGAGGGACAUGGCACGGGUGUCGUGUGCUUUUUGUACAAGGAUGGUAUUCCUCGCAGCGAUCGCGCCUUCGAACACAUCCGCACGUUGGCUGCGCGGUACCCCAACACGAAAUUCGUCUCUAUUGUCGGCGAGAAGUGUAUACCAAAUUUGCCCGAGGAGCGUAUCCCGAUGUUCAUCAUAUAUCGCAACGGCGAAGUCAUCAAUCAGCUCGCAUCCUGGGGUGCGGAUCGGGAGAAAAGCAUUGAAGAAUUGGAAGCAAUUUUGACUCUCGCUGGCGCAGUCGUACCGGAACUGCAUCCCCAGCGCAGUGACAGAGAAAAUGACCGCUCCGACUCAGACCGGGACUCCGAAGAUGAAGCUUCUGAUGAUGAGCCCUCCUCACGCAUGCGCUCCGCCGGCACGCACACCAAUCGCAGUACCGGGAAGAAUAUAAGGACCCCAGCUAAGGAUGAUUCGGAUUCGGAUUUUGAUCUAUGA